UGCACGUGAUGAUCGGCGCGCGUCACCGAAAACUGUCGCUCUCCCAGAGACUGGAGCUCGGCUCACUCACUGUGUGUUGCAGGCUGUUGUAAAUAAAGAAUAAAACCCUACAAACUUACAGAGAAAAUAAGCAAGACAGAUUUGUGAGUGCUUAGGAGAAAAAGGGGGAAGCGAAAACAUGGCUGGUUUGAUGGCAGGUUUUGGUCACUACACCCAUGCGAUCGUCCGGGGAAUCCCUGCGUCCCUGGCCAAAGAGGCGCUCAGGAGCAGCCAGGCGGAGGUGGACCUGACUAAGGCGCGGACGGAACACGAGGCGUAUGUGGAGGUGCUGCGGGAGAGGCUCGGGCUGGAGGUGGUGGAGCUGCCCGCGGACGAGUCGCUCCCGGACUGCGUGUUCGUGGAGGACGCGGCUGUGGUGUGCGGCGAGACGGCGCUCAUCACCAGACCUGGGGCGGAGAGCAGGAGGAGAGAGACUGAGGUGAUGAAAGAGGCUCUACAGAAUCUACAUUUAAAUGUUGUGGAAAUGACUGAUGAGAAUGCAACACUGGAUGGAGGUGAUGUUCUAUUUACAGGUCGAGAAUUCUUUGUUGGUCUUUCUAAACGAACCAAUCAAAGAGGAGCUGAGAUCCUAGCUGAUGCAUUUAAGGACUAUGCUGUUUCCACUGUGCCUGUGCUGGAGGGGCUACACCUGAAAAGCUUCUGCAGCAUGGGAGGACCAGGACUUAUCAUCAUCGGCUCCAGCGAACCAGCUCAGAAAGCGCUUAAAAUCAUGCAGCAAAUGAGUGACCAUCGCUAUGACAAGCUGACGGUACCUGAUGAUAUUGCUGCCAACUGCAUCUACAUGAAUCUGCCUAACAAGGGACACGUGCUCCUGCACUGCACAACGGAGGAGUUUCCAGAGAGUGUUAAGGUGUUUGAAAAACUGAAAGACCACAUGCUGAUUCCUGUGUCCAAUUUGGAAAAGGUUAAAGUGGAUGGGGCACUCACAUGCUGCUCAGUCCUCAUCAACAAGAAGACAAACAUCUGAGCAUGCUGACUGGGCCUUUCAGUGCACUUUGAUCAAGCACUGUAUUUGGUACAUAGCUUAAUGUUGAUCAAAAAUAUUGAGGUACAUGGAAGAGAGAAGCACUUUUUGUGUUUUUAUUCCAUAAACUCUAGUGGAAGCUAUUAGGAUAUCACUGAAAUUACAUUAAGACUUGGUGAAAUAAUUAAGAUAAAACAUUGGGUUACCAGUGUCUUAAAAAAAAAUCUAAAUUUUGGACCUAAAUAUAGCAGUAUUGUGCUCUAACAUUUAGACUGACUGUGUUCAACAUGAAAAGCCAACAACAGAGCAAAAAUGGCUAUUUCUUAUAAUGUAAAAUCUGAUUUAUAAUUAUUACAGGAAUAUAUGUGCCAUUUUGAUUCAGAUCAUUCAACCUGCUUCUGUUUUAUAGCAUUAGUGUUGAUUAGUCUGUGAAUGCAAUUUAAUGUAUAUGACCAUUAGCUCUUAUUCCUUAAAUACCUCUUUUUAAUUUUAUGCCUACGUCUUAAUAACACUGUUCUAAAAAAAAAAAACUGUAAGAUACACAAUUGUUAAAAAGAAGUGUAUAGAGUUAGCCUAUAUUGUUUAUGUGCAUCAAUUUAAACCUUGAUUUACCUUGUGUAUUCUUGUGCCUAAUUAGUUUGAAAUAUUUUUAACAGAAAAAUUCUGGACCAAGAUGAAAGAAACCAGUUUAGCUAACACUAAAGCCUAAACCAUAGCUGCAAAUAUUUGCUUUGCCCCUUUUUUGUAGAUCCACUGCAAACUUUUGACUGAUUCCAUACACAUGGUGCUAAAUCUAACUGAAACCAUUUCAACACAUGCUUUUCAAAAGAGCAAUGUAGCAACUGCCAUGUUUGUCAUUCUGAAAAUCUGUUAUUUAAGAAGCUUGAAAAGUCUUCUGCUGUGAUGAUUGUAAUAUUCUUAUACCUUAAAAUCUUAUUUUGAUAUCCAGUUUAAUGAAAUUCAGAAUUCAUAAGCUGUUUUGUUUUUGUAUGAGAGUGCAGUUUGCUUUGUGAUACUAACAGCACCAUCAGU